AUGUACACUAAUCUUGGAUCUUUGACCGCAAAGACUCCUUCAACGACAUAUGCGAUCGAUGUUCAGUUGUUUCGAACCCUGACCGAAUUGGCAAAUGGCCAUGACAAUCUGCUUAUUUUCGGAGACUUUAAUACGCCUCAUUUACAUCAACUUGUUAAUAAACCCACAAGAUACAGACAGAAUCAAACGCCGUCGACCCUUGAUCUCAUAAUAUUGUCAGACGUGAAUCUUCUUUCAAAUUUGAAUUACGGCUCUCCUGUUGGUAUUUCUGACCAUGUUACUUUGUCAGCACAGCUGCGACUUUGUUGUAAUCUUCAGGGUAAGAAAACAGUCCACACUAAAUUUUAUACUGACUAUGCAGUGCUGAACCAUGACAUCAGUAAUAUGGACUGGGAGACUGCUGAGUUCCGCGUCGUUGACAAAAAUACUGUCAAACAAACUGUGCCUCGUUCAACGAACAAACCGUCGAUUAGUAAAAAAUUACUCCAGAUGGUUUGUAAAAAGAGAGCAUUGUGGAAACGAUUCAAGAAUAGCCGAUCUGACACUGACUAUGCAGCUCAUCGGGCUUAUUCAAACCGUCUAUCUGUAGAAAUAAAAGCGGCUAAAAGAACUUAUGAACUCCGUGUAGCUAAUUCUAAAGAUCCAAAGAUACUCUACAAAUAUAUUCGUAAUAGGAUCACCGGACCUAGAGACAGUAACAAACACAAUACCUCUGUUAUCUACACCGAAAGUCAAUUUUGCUCACCUGGACCAGAUGGGAUUACUCCGACAGUUCUUAAUAAAUGUGCUAAGACCGUUUGCAUACCUUUGAAGAUUUUAAUGACACAAUCUUUUCAAAACAGUCAACUUCCUGAAGAUUGGAGAUUGGCCAUUGUAAAGCCGAUCUUUAAAAAAGGCGAUAAAUUUCAAGCUGUGAACUACAGACCGAUUAGUCUCACUGCGAUCAUAGCCAAAAUCAUGGAAUCUAUUAUUUCCGAUGAGAUAAGAAAGUUUCGGCUUGCAAACAACGUCCUUCCUGCCGAACAGCACGGAUUUGUCCCAAAAAAGCCUGUGUCCACAAAUCUUCUUUGUGCCGUAUCAGAUUGGACCAAAAAUUUCGACCGUGGUGUUGCUACCGACGUUGUGACUGUUACUAGAAUGGAUAAAAGGAUUCUUAACUAA